AUGUACAACACACAACCUCAAUUCUAAAAUAUUGUUUAAGUAAAUAUUGAUGAAAAUUUAGUCACAAAGAGUUACAAAUGAUAGCUUAAUGGAUACAGUUUCAGAAAUUAGAUGGAAUAAAGAUGUUUUUGUUACUUCAUCUUGGGAUGGAUAUAUCCGGUUCUAUUAGGUUUAAUUGUAAUCUGGAUAUAGGGCAAAUAUUUAAGUAGAUUUUAAGACAGCUAUUGAUUGUUAAGAGCCGUAUAUUGUUUAAAUAAUUAGUUAGAGUAUUAUCUGUAAGUUGGAAACAAGACAUGUCUAUGGUAUUUGCAGCAUUAGCAGAUAAUACAAUUAGAGCAUAUGAUAUAAAAACAUAAAAUAGUGCAAUAAUAGGAAUUCAUGAUGAUUGUCCUGCAAGAUAAGUAUUUUGGAAUGAGGACAUGAAAUUAAUAAUAUCAUUAGGUUUAGAUAAAAAGAUAAGAUUUUGGAAUCUAUAAUCUAGUGGUGGAGGAAAACCAUAGCCUGCAUUUUAAUUAGAUUUAUAACAUGUACCAACAGUUGGAGAAUAGAGUGGAAAUGAAUAAUUUUUUGCAUAUGCAGAUGUAGAUAAUAAAUUUAGAUGGUUACAUUGGAGUGCAUUAAGAGGAGUUUAAAAUAGUGUAGCAUCACGAAGUUUCUUUAAUAUGGAAGAUAAUUAUCUAAUUGGAUAAAUAUCAUGUGUGGCAAUUAAUGAAAAUGCUUCAUAAUUAGCAUAUGCAACAGUUGAUGGAAGAGCAUUAGUUAAAUCUAUUAAUAGUAGAGGAGAUUUAGCAAGCAAACUUUAAUUUAAAUGUUAUAAAGUAGAUGAAGAAGUUAAAGUAUCAUAAUAUCGAACAGAGAAAGUAUCUAGAAUGUAUAUGUGUAAUGCUUUUUAAUUCAAUUGUCGAUCAUAAAAUUGGGUUAGUACUUGUGGAUCUGAUGGAACUUUAGCAUUUUGGGAUACCAAUAAAAAAAACAAGAUAUUGGGUGUUAAAUUAGAUGGACCAGUUGUUGCAGGAUAAGUAUCAUAAGAUGGAUAGAUAUUUGCAUAUGCCACUGGUUAUGAUUGGGCAUAAGGAUUGGAUAAAGUAGGUGAAUUUACAAAUAGAGUUGGAGCAGCUUAUAUUGAAGAUAAAUUUCUACCUUCACAUUGA